GAUAUAUAAACACUCCUUUCACUUCCUCAGCUCCGCCACCCACCGACAAUGCCUGGCGGAUCCCACAACCUUCUUCUUCUACUCCUCCUCCCCCUCCUUCUCCUCCCCGGCGGCGGCCGCAGCCACGCUAGCAAUGCUAUUCGCCUCCAUGAAGAGACCGCCACCGCCGCCAGCCACUGCGCCGGAACUCUUUUUCCCUCUCUCUGUCUCUCCACCCUUCUUUCCAUUCCCAACCUCUCCUCCAAAUCCCUCCCAUCCAUCAUUUCCGCCGCAAUAAACCACACCGCCGAUGCCGUUAACGCCUCCCACCGCAACUGCUCCUCCAUUUACCACCGCCUCCGUAACCUCGACUCACUCCAACGCCUCGCUCUUUCCGACUGCCUUGAACUACUCGACUCCUCCCUCGACUUCCUCCACCUGGCAUUCAAAGAUCUUUACCACACCAACUCUUCCAGUUGCCGCUCGGAGCUCAUCACCGUGCUCUCCGCCUCGAUAACCAACCAGUUCACCUGCCUCGACGGCUUCGCCUACGUCCCCGACCGCGUCAUCAACAUCCGCCCUUCCAUUGAACGUUUCCUCGUCCAUAUCUACCGUCUUGUCAGCAACAUCCUCGCCUUGUCCAAGAAAAUCCCCCCGCCGCCGCCUCCUCCGCCGCCGUCGAAGCCCGCCGUCGAGGCUUUCGAGGGUUACGGAGGGAUGAAAGGUGGGUUUCCGGCGUGGAUGACGUGGACUGACAGGCGGCUGCUGCAGGCGACGACUCCGGGGGGUUUGACUGCGAAUUUGGUGGUGGCGAAGGAUGGGAGCGGGAAUUUCACGACGGUUGGUGAGGCGGUGGCGGCGGCGCCGAAUAACAGCGCGACGAGGUUCGUUAUAUACAUAAAAGCCGGGGGGUAUUUCGAAAAUGUGGAGGUGGGGAAGAACAAGAUUAAUCUUAUGUUCGUCGGAGAUGGGAUCGGGAAGACGGUGAUAAAGGCCAGCCGCAAUGUCGUCGACGGCUGGACAACUUUCCGUUCAGCCACCGUCGCUGUGGUGGGCAACAGAUUUAUCGGGCGAGACUUGACCAUAGAGAACUCCGCCGGAGCCAGCAAACACCAAGCCGUAGCCCUCCGCACCGGCUCCGACCUCGCCGCCUUCUACCGCUGCAGCUUCGUCGCGUAUCAAGACACUCUCUACGUUCACUCACUCCGCCAAUUCUACCGCGACUGCGAUAUAUACGGCACCAUCGAUUUCAUCUUCGGCAACGCAGCCGUCGUCUUCCAGAACUGCAAUCUGUACGCCCGAAAGCCCGAUCCAAAUCAAAAGAACAUUUUCACCGCCCAGGGUCGGGAAGAUCCUAAUCAGAACACAGGAAUUUCGAUCCAGAACUGUAAGGUCUCCGCCGCCGCCGAUCUUCUUCCCGUUCUGUCCCAAUUCAAAACCUACCUUGGCCGGCCAUGGAAAAAAUAUUCGAGAACGGUCUACCUGCAGUCUUUUCUGGAUAGCUUGAUUGAUCCGGCUGGAUGGUUGGAAUGGAACGGGACGUUUGCGUUGGAUACUUUGUAUUAUGGGGAGUACAAGAACAGUGGGCCGGGGGCGAAUACGACGGCGAGGGUCCAAUGGCCGGGCUACAGAGUCAUUAAUAGUUCGACGGAGGCUAAUCAGUUCACGGUUUCGAAUUUUAUUGAAGGAGAUCAGUGGUUGGGAUCUUAUGAUGUGCCCUUCAGUCCUGGCUUGAAUUAAUUCGAUCCGAUCGAUCCUUUCAACUCUUCUCAUCCAAAUCCCAAAUAAGCUUAACAAGUUUGAGGAGACAUUUCCGUUCUGUUCUGUUCUGUUUUCC